CAUCUGUACAGGGCACGCAAUCAUGCACGUCGCCAAUGUAAUAGAGGAAGAUCAAGUAGAAGAUUCGACGAGGGAACAUCCAAGUGAAGACGUCUUGUUCAAGGAUGCGUCCGUCCUCGUUCCAGAUACACUGCUUCCCGUCAAGCCCAUUCUAUCGUUCGACUGUGGCGAUUUUCGAACGAAAGACAUCCGCUCCUCAGGAAAUCCAGAGCAUGUCACCAUUGGCGAGGCGAGGUUCAAAGUCCCCAGCUGCUACACGCGAACCGUCCUGCUCGGUAUCAACGAGAUGGAUGUGAACAUCUUACGUCUCAAGGCAGAAGUUCCUAGUGUCGCGGACGACCGCGCCUUCGUCAAUAUGAUCACUUGGGCGGACACUAGGCACCAUGGGUCUGGGUGCUCGUGGCUGAGCCUACCCUUCGACGAUCCCGACAUCCAGUCGGGGCGAUACAGCACUACCCAGGAUCAUGAUCAUUCGAAAUCUCAGAAGAAGACCUCGCACAGGAUCACUUUCGAGCGCUCUUAUGCUGCACCGCCGAAGGUUGUCGUCUGGCUCGACUCCAUCGAUAGCGGGCCUGGGCGCAACGUACGCGUGACCGCCUGGGCGGACGGUGUCACAUCUGACGGUUUCACGAUCCACCUCGAUACCUGGCACGACUCGAACUUGUGGUCCGCAGGCGCGACGUGGCUUGCGCACUCGACCGGGCGCACGGAUGUGCGCAGCGGAACCUUCGAGAUCAAGGACGUACGACCGUCAAGCGCGCAUCGCCACAAGAAUCAUGGGCGCGUCUCGUGGGGUGUACCCGAGAUGGCAAGACCGCCGCGCGUGUUCACGGCGCUCAGAAUGCUCGACUUCCAGGAUGGAAGGAACGUCCGCCUCAGCAUGAGCACAAGCGAGGUCACCACGACGGGCAUGACCUGGCAUAUGGAUAGCUGGAACAACACGAUAUUUUAUCAGGCGGGAGCUGUGUUUAUUACUUUCCAUGACGAUCAGUAAUCUACAGACUUCAAAGCUUGAUACCCUAGCUCCGCCGGCGGCGUAUUCGAGAUGCUAACGAGGAAGCUGAGGCUCCGGGUCUAGAUACAGGCGCUCAUCUCAUAUCUAUACGUAAAGUGCACAGCGUUGUAAUCAAGG